CCCAGCGUGUCUUUGCGGGAACUCUUCGCUGCGUGUUUUAGAAUUUAUAUCUCGUUCCCAGUGCCGUAGAAAUUUCUGCGUAUUCCAGACUCUCUAGUGUACACAGCCUUCAGAACCUAGAAAGCCGCCAGGCCUUGGCCGAGGCCGCCCAGCGUUCUGGGGGUCGGCCUGAGUCCGGCCCAGCCUCCGUUUCAUGGACGCGCCUUUCCGAAUCUGGCUUCUCGUGCGUCACGUGGGCAGCCGGAGCUUCUGGUGAAAGCAACAAACAUAACCAAUAAAGCAACAUUUGGUAUGGAAAUAAGUUGCAUCAAGAGAAAGCUCGUGGGCUUCCCUGGUGGGGCAGUGGUUGAGAGUCCGCCUGCCGAUGCAGGGAACACGGGUUCAUGCCCCGGUCCGGGAAGAUCCCACAUGCCGCGGAGCGGCUGGGCCCGUGAGCCAUGGCCGCUGGGCCUGCGCGUCCGGAGCCUGUGCUCCGCAACGGGAGAGGCCACAGCAGUAAGAGGCCCGCGUACCGAAAAAAAAAAAAAGAAAAGAAAAAGCUCAUAAAGCUAAGUAGUUUUCAUUGAAUAUUUUGUUUCUGAGCAAUGUGCAAGCAUAUCUACAUCAUUGCUGGAGGGCAUGUGUUUUUCCAUUAGGUUAGUGGAAUUGAAUUCCCAGUGCAUGUAGGUGAAUGGAGUGUCAUAUGAGCCUGCACAACUUAAGAUAAAAAUGAUCACAGAACUCCAUCAGAUUCUUAGAUCCAGACUUCUUUGCCUCUCGGAUGCCAGGUACAUUACUGGUCUUGGCCCUUAUUACAUUUUGAUUUGUUCCUCUUGUCCUGACCUCAACUUCAUACCUAUUUUCAUUCUUGCUUCUGGUCACAGUCAUGGGUCUUGGCUUAUUCUGUUGCUGGAUACACUAGACUCCUUUUCUGCAUUUGCCUUCCUUUUCACACUCUUAGCAAGUCCCCUUGUGUAGUUUUCAAAUUCACAGGGUGGCAGAAGGAGCAGGUGGCCAACGGAACACCGGGAAGGUGGAAUGGGGGGCUGAGGAAAAGAGGGAGAGCCUUGUAACCAGUGCCCACUCAUCACCCAUGGUUCUCAGCUCUUCAGCAAAAGCUUUGGGGAAACAGAGGAGCCGUGGACUUCCUGUAAUCCUAAAAAAGAAUGUGUUUUUUUCUUUUUCACUCCUAACUUAAACUAGAUUGUGUCUCAACUCUGAUCUGUCCAUUGGUUGGCAUCACUCACCUUCAAAUAUCUAUAAGAAAGAAGGCAUUUUGGGGAAAGAUUUCAAUCUGUUUAUCGUGAACAUAAUUAGGGGGAAGUCAUAGAAGCAGUGGAGGUCAGUGGCUGCACCAGGAUGAAAAUUGUUUUGUUUUAAGGGUGAUGUCAUCUCUGAGCAAAGUGAAAUGAGCCAGGAGGCAAAUGAGAAUGUAGACAGGUCUGCCCAAUUCCUUUUAAAGCCCCAGAAACCCAUUCAGCCUUACAUCUGCUCAACUCUGGAUGAUUUUCAGGAAGAGAGAGACUAUUUGCCAAACUCCAUCUUCCCUCAGCUGAGCGAAUUCUGCAAUUCCCGGGGUGCGUGUUUCAAAGCUGUGGACCUGAGGUGGUCAGCGUUGAAGGCCCAGGCACCCUAACCCUUCAAUCUAUUUAGACAACAUUUUUGUCUCCACUAGCAACAUCUGAAGCUCUGUCUGGACUGCGUGAACAGCUGCUUUCCCUUUUUUAUCUGCUUGCUGGGUCAGACAUACGGGGACUUUCUCCCUGACUACUCACCUGUCAUGUUCUCCAAGGCAACUGACUUGUCAAGUUUAUCCAUAAUGGAACAGAAUCUCUAUGUUGCUGCAAAAAACUGUUAUCCUUGGGUCCUGGAGAAUCCCAACCGCAGUCCGAUUGAGUUAGAGAUCAUCCAAGCAGCAUUUCUGAAUGAGUCUCAAUUUCAGUAUUUUUACUUUAGGACGGGAACCAUGCUGCUGAAGCCUAUGGACGAGGAAAAGGAGGAGAUGGUGUCCGCAGGUUUUCUGAUCAACAAUGAGGAAAAAUUAAAGAUUGGUGGAAAGCUUAAGGCCAAGAUUGUUAGCAAAGGACUACCUGUCAGGUUGUACAGAGAUCUCCAUGAGUUGGACUUCAAGCACAACUUUGAACGUUUCUAUCACGAAGAGUUCACUGAGAAGUGCAAGGAAGUGUUUGUUAUUUCCAAGGAGUCAAAUAGAACCUUUGAAAUCUUGGAAAGAUUUGCCUUAAAGGAUGUGGAAUUUGAUUUUAAUAAUGCCGCAGCAGGCCCCAGCCUAUCUAUUCUCAGGUGUAAUCACUCCCGCCAGAGAGAGCGGUCCAUAUGCCUUUCAGAACCCAACGAAUCACAAGAGAGCACAUCUCCACCGAAUCUUGGUCAAAUACUUCCAAAGGCAAACGGCUUUCUGGAGAGUGUAUCAAGAGCUGCCUUGGCACAUGAAGAUGAGCGGCUGCUGGGAGGAUUUGUGCAGCCUUCUCUUAAGUCCUAGAUCUGCUGCCGGAAACGCUUCUCUUGCAAAGAUGAAAUUUCAAGAAGGCUUAAAUAUCAGGAGGAGUUUGGUGAGAAAAACCUCCUAGUUGGAGAAAUUAUGGAAUUUUUAGCGGAUUUACUGUUUUUCCCACUGAGACAUAGUGAAAGCAGGUCAAUUAUUGAUAAGUGACUCUUCAAGUCAUGAUGCAGGCUGUGGGCUAUUUGUACAGAUCACUUGAUUUAAGGGCCACCUACCUGGGAUCUUCUCAUUCAUCGAUCAGUGGGAUCCUGCACCUCCUGAGGGACACUGAGUGGAUCCGGGGUAGGAGAUGUUGGCCUCAAGGCAUGAGCCAACAAUAUUCUGAGGGUCCCAGGAAUGGCGCCUCAUUAUGGGAGGACUUGAUUAAGUUAAACUAUCACAGCGCUCAGAGUUCCGACACGGAAUCCAAGUGGAAGAAUGGGCUCAGCUGUGUGACUUUAAGAAUGCUAUGUUGGGCUUCCCUGGUGGCACAGUGGUCAAGAAUCUGCCUGUCAAUGCAGGGGACACGGGUUUAAGCCCUGGUCUGGGAAGAUCCCACAUGCCACAUCUCACGUGGAGCAACUAAACCCGUGAGCCACAACUACUGAGCCCACGUGCCACAACUACUGAAGCCUGCGCGCCUAGAGCCUGGGAUCUGCAACAAGAGAAGCCACCGCAAUAAGAAGCCUGCGCAAAACAACGAAGAGCAGCCGCUGCUCGCCGCAACUAGAGAAAGCCCCCGCGCAGCAACGAAGGCCCAAUGCGGCCAAAAAUAAAUAAUAAAAUAAAUAAAUAAAUAAAUAUAUAUA